UAACACUCUAAACAAAUAAAGAGAAAGAUGAUAUUAAAAAAAAAAAAUACAUUAUCACUCCUCUGCGUUCUUCAUUAAUGUCUCACCGGGAAUAUAGCACGUUUGAAGAAGACUUGUAAAUUAUUGGAUUUUUUAUAUAGUUAGGACCACAUAUUGACCGUUUCGUCCAAUCAAAUACUAGUAUUUCCUUAUAUAUGGCAAGGGAGACAUAAAGCUAAUAGUACUCUGAUUGAGCGAGGUAGACAAUGGCGGAAGAUGCUGAAGGAAAGGUGAAAGAGGGAGCAGAGGCACAGGUUAGAUACAGAGGUGUGAGGAGGCGGCCAUGGGGGAAAUUUGCAGCGGAGAUUCGGGAUUCGACUAGGCAUGGAGCUCGGCUGUGGCUGGGGACUUUUGCUACUGCAGAAGCAGCAGCAAGAGCUUAUGAUCGGGCGGCGUUUACAAUGAGGGGUCCAUUAGCCAUUCUCAACUUCCCUAAUGAGUAUCCUCUUCCUCCCUUCUCUGCUUCUUCGUCUUCAUCAUCCGCACUUCCAUUGCCAUUGCCAUUUUCGUCAAUGUCAGUCUCUCCAUCAUCAUCUUCAUCACUACCGUUGCCAUUGCCGUCAAUGUCAACCUCUUCAUCAUCAUCUUCAUCACUACCGUUGCCAUUGCCGUCAAUGCCAACCUCUUCAUCAUCAUCAUCAUCAUCAUCCUCUUCUUCUUCUUCAACAGCAGAGCAAGGGAAGGAAGUUUUUGAAUUUUAUUACUUUGAUGACAAGUUGUUAGAGGACCUACUUGAGAGUGACGAAGAGAAGAAAAAAAAGAAAGAUUGA